AGUAUUAGGCAAUUUUUUAGACCCUUCAUCUGACCAAUCUACCACUUCGGCACCGGCACCUCCAGCUCCUCCACCACCACCCCCGCCUCCUCCUCCUGGAUUGCUUAGUAAGCUUACUCCUUACCGAUAG